CCGCCCCCAAGGCCGCGGAGCCGCCAUCUUUCUUAGGGGCAGUGGGCCCAUCACCGAGAUGCCGAAGUCUUGCGCGGCCCGACAAUGCUGCAACCGCUACAGCAGCCGCAGGAAGCAGCUCACCUUCCACCGGUUCCCGUUCAGCCGCCCGGAGCUGCUGAGGGAGUGGGUGCUCAACAUCGGCAGGGCUGACUUCAAGCCCAAGCAGCACACAGUCAUCUGCUCUGAACACUUUAGACCCGAGUGCUUCAGCGCCUUCGGGAACCGCAAGAACCUGAAACAUAAUGCUGUGCCUACAGUGUUCGCUUUUCAGAACCCCACCCAGGUCUGCCCUGAUGUGGGGGCUGGUGGGGACAGCUCAGGGAGGAACAUGGACACCACGCUGGAAGAGCUUCAGCCUCCCAGCACGGAAGGGCCCAUGCAACAGGUCUUACCAGAUCGAGAAGCCAUGGAGGCCACGGAGGCCACCGGCCUGCCCGCCAGCCCUCUGGGGUUGACGAGGCCCCUUCCGGGACAGCCAUCUGAUCACAGCUACGCCCUUUUGGACUUGGAUACCCUCAAAAAAAAACUCUUCCUCACACUGAAGGAAAACAAGAGGCUUCGGAAGCGCCUGAAAGCCCAAAGGCUGCUCUUGCGGAGGACAUGUGGCCGCCUGAGAGAUUACAGAGAGGGACACCGGGGACCACAGGCCCGACGGCCUGCACAGGGAAGCUGAGAUUGAGCAGAGCCUGGGACGUGGGGGUGGUGGUGACCCCCUAGCAGGAAGUGUUUAGCCUUGCUGUGGGUGUUCCUCUUGCUGCUGCAGCUGCUGCAGGUGCCUUGAGACGUGCGGGUUGGGAUGCUGUGACAGGCAGUUGUCAGGUAGAGAGGCCCAAGUACUGCAGAGAGGCAUGGCCCCAGGAGGUCUCGGCUGAGGCUGUCAGCUGUGGGGCAGCAGCAGCAGUGACCAAAUGUGAGCUGUCACAACCCUGUCAGAGAUACUCCUGGAGGGAGAGCUGGUGACUCUUACGGCCUGUGGGGCCCUUCCUACCUCCCCACAGGAGCCAUGGUGAUGGCAGAUAGGGCCAGGGUCCCGUCAGCCUGUAUUUAUGAGUGACUCUUUUCUGUGUGGUUUGUGUGAACGUGGAAUAAAUCCUUUGAAGCCUCCA